UCCAACUUCUAGCUAUGCUCCUCACGGUGAAUUGUGAUGUAGUUAUUUUCUUUCGGUGGGAUUUUAGUUAUGCUGUUGGAAGCCGGUAUAAAACCUGGCUCUGAUGCAUUGUAACGGACUAGUUCGUGAUUGUUUCGGUUGUGGUGCAGUUGGUGUUUGGGGUUAUUCGAAAUGCUUAGAAUUGUUCUGUUCGUGAGUGUGACGCUGCUGGUCGUCGUUUCGGCGCAGUUCUACGGCGGAGCGGAGUCCGGUGGAUUCGGAGAGGGCGGUGGUUUCGGUGGCGGUGGCGGUGGCGGUGACGAGCACAAGGACUACUAUGCCUAUCCCAAGUACAAGUUUGAGUACGGAGUGAGUGAUCACAAAACCGGUGAUCACAAAAAUCACUGGGAAAUUCGCGACGGUGAUGUCGUGAAGGGAGAGUACUCCCUGCAUGAACCGGACGGUACGAAGCGUGUGGUCGAAUACAAGGCCGAUAAACACACCGGAUUCGAAGCUCACGUGAAACGGAUCGGACACGGACAUCACCCGCAGCUGUACGGUGGUCAUCAGGAGGAAGGCACCGGUGGCUACGGACUCGGUGAAUCCUUCAGCUACAACAACCAGCAGCAUCACCAUCUGUGAUUUUCAGCAGAUAGUGAUGGAUGGUACAACUGGGAGCCAUCUGGCACUGUUAAACUAUCGGAGACUGAAUACUAGGCGUCCGUGCUCUCCCGAAAAUGGGGUGCGGCACUAGUGCAUCUAUCUACUUAUAACUGUUCUAGUUUCUAAUUACCCCCCACAA